AAUGCUGUGUGGUCCUCGUGUUCGGCUCUUAGUUACGGCCUAAAAGCCGCAAAAAACAAGGAGACACAGAAAAGCGCAAACGAGAAUCACUCGGAAAAAACGCGAUAGCGUAAAAAAAGAGAAAAUGCCAGAGACUUCGAGUAACACAAAAAAGGGCGUAAAUAAGAAAACGGCAUUAUUCACAUAAAAUCAAAAUGCAGCACCACUACCUUCUGCAUAUUUUUGACGAAAACAAAAAUGCAGUACUAGCCUCUUUCUGGUGUUUCUGGCAUUCCUCUUGUGGUUUGCUUCUUGGCGUAUACUGGUAUGAUUUGCCCAAAGUGCGGUCAUAUUCAGUAGUAUUUUCCAUGCCAGGUCUGUAGUGUUGGAUUAUGCUCUCCCCGGCUUAGUACGUUGCUGCUACACUCUUUGGAACGGUUUCGACUUAGUUCCCUAGGGUCUGGUCUCAAGGUUGAUUGAGCAGGUGAAAUCGGAGACAAAUGACAUGACAGCCUUCGUUUUCGAGCGAAGUCGUACUUCAGGCGGUUCCGAUGGAACUGAUCCUUCCUGAAGAUAAUUCGUGGAUUUCAUACGGGAUAGAUAGAUAAUGACGUGACAUAACAUCAUACUCAUGGAUAUCAAGAUGCCAUCACCCCGUUCUUUCAGUGGUGCCACAUUCUUUACGGGCCUACAACUGAUUUUCGUGGUCGUUUUGCGAAGAGACGCCGCCUGCGCGCGUGCGGCAGAAGAAUCUCAACAUCAUACAGGCGGGAAUCAAAAGAUCAUAUCAGCCUAUGGGAGUGUUCUUGAAGUUCCAGACGCCAAUGCCCGCGAGAGACGAAAUCAACGCUCUGCUUUGCGGGCAGAGGGAGAUGGGGAGCUUGAAGAGGGCCGCCGAGUAGAAGAUGACUACGUUCAGGAGAAGGAUUGUACUCAACAAACAACUAGUAGUGCCAUCUUUACGGCGGAUGCUAGAAGGGCGACUUACACGACAGAAGGAAAAGACACUGCUGAAGGAGGGGAAGACAAGACAGCCAGCAGGCUGCCCCGAAAAGUCGACGCAACCGAUCAAGUGCGGCAAGAGAAGCUGGAGGAGGAGGAAAAUGCGGAAAACGAUGAAGAAGAGUAUGCGAAAGACAAUGUUACACAGCGUGCGAGGAGCUUCACAGCAGAAGACGAACAGGGCUUCACUGUUACAUCAAGUAGAGUAAACGUGCGUAGUCCUUGGACUCCAGAUCCCGUUGAAAUCUCGACAAGCGACUACAUUGAGAACGUGUGGGUCAGCUCCACGAGCCACUCACAGAUUGCCGUGAACCGUCGUCGUUGCUCCGGUGCCGAUUUUUAUGGCAGGAAUGUUUCGUUCUGUGUCUGAUAUUGCUACAACGUACACAGGGUUUCUAUCAUAUUGAGGGACAUCAUGAGCCAGGUGUGGUAACACUUUGUCCAUCUUAUGCUAGACGCGUUGACACCACGGUCUAGCAUGAUGAAAUUGUCGAUGAAUUGUCGAUGUUGUCGAGUAUUAUAGAUAUAUGCCUUUGUGGUUGAUAAAGUUCAAGCGAUGAGUGUGCUACUUUGUUGAAGAGGAUGAAAUGUUGUGAUCAUGUAGGUCUCUUUCCCCAAAGACGUAAUAAGAAAGAAAACAACUACUUGUUAUCAUGAUUGAGGACGCGAGAACUAGACUUUUCUAAGACAGAGAAGUCGAUGAUCUGGUAGUUGGUGGAGGUGGGGAGAUGCUAUACGAUUACAAUGAUUUUUCGGUAGCUACUUGCGAAGGGCCUCGCAAGGAGCUCACCUUUUGGCAGGCGAAUGUGCCCAAAGUCGGUGGGGACGACAAGCAUCCUACCGUGCAAAUAGUUUUCAAUUUAUGACGAUUAGGCGUAAAUUACCCGAUCAAAUUCCCUCGUCUUACUGCCUUCAUCACGAUCUAUGAUUUAUUAUGAGCUUCAACUCAAGAAGUAGAUUAAUGACCUACUAAUGAAAGCGCCUACAAUCUAAACAAUUCAUCACUCUUCUUAUUAUAAGCGUAAUUCGUACUUGGGUGCUGGUACAAUAGGCCUACCUCGAGCAUUCCUCCGACGUGUGGCGAGAUAAUUGCUUUGAUACUGAGACUGUAACAGAAAAUACUCUGGUUGUCGCUGUGUGUACAGCUUGGAGCAAUGUCGCUCAUGGCUCGUAGUAUAGAAGCCCGGGUGGCACCUUCUACCACCCACGAUCUUUUGUCUGCUUGACAGACAGGCGAACGAUCCGGGAGUGCAUACCCCCAGCAGAGCACUUAACCUUCGAAAUCUCCAGGAGAUGGCUGUCACGGAGGUCCGUAUUCGACCUGCAGUUGAUUUGAGUCGUUUAAUGCAUUCUCCUUUUACUACUAGAUACAUUGUCAUCAUCAGCCUCAAGCCGAAAGGAAACGUUAUUCAGAUGAGACGUCUAGUACUCUAAUUUUUGUGCUUAUGCAGAUGCGACACAAGAACAUUUGGAUACCACCGGAGAUCAGUUGCUGGGCAUCGGACGGCGAUCGUGGUGCAGGGAUGCAUUCGAACGGUCGUGCUACCGCGAAGAUACUGGCUUCACGUAUCCUGAACUCAAGUAUGUCGCCACUCUAAAUCUCAUUGCACUGUAAAGAAGCCGAGUACCUGGGAUUGUGACACAUGAAAUUGGAUGACGAUCAUCAUACUUGAAAAAACUAAGUACAACUAAGGAUAUGGACGAGUAAGCCUACUUUGCUUGGUAUGAUUAAGAGCGACGGGGGUAAUAAAAAGCACGAGCGAGAGAAAAUACUUUCCAAUCCAUAUACGGGACUAUUUGGGUAGCCACAGACAUAUGUAUGAAGUUGAAGAGCGAGGGGGCAGGAACGAGACCUCUUUACUACCUAAAGUCGUCUUGUUUUAUGUGUUUUGAUGUGUGUUAAAGAGAAGUAUUUUCUAAGUUCGUGAUAACAAGUUUCGGAACGUGA